AUGGCGUCUACUCUCAACAUGCUGUCUGCGCGCCAUAUACAGAAUAUGAGUGAUGCCAAAUCCCUCCAACAUCAUUGGGGAUAUCCGGAUCGAGCAGUCCCCUGUACCAACGAUGUGGGCUCCUGCGAAUAUUUGGACGUUGUUUACCAUUCGCACGACUUGGGAAUGAUGUACACGGGUAUUCUCUGGGCCACAAUCGGAGGCAUACUGUUUCUUUGGGGCAUAGGGAAACGUCUUUACCAGCCUUCCUACCAAUCCUUCCAACUGUCUGGCAGCCAGACGCGACCGACGAGCAGCCUGAUACGCUUGAAGAACACGAUCGCAUCCUAUGGUCGUCGAUACUUGCUCCCUGAUUGCCUAAGACCGGUCUUUGGUCGAACGACGCGCCUUCAGGUGCUGAUACUGCUUACCCUGACCGGAUACCUCACUGUGUGGACAUUCGUCGGUAUCGUCUACAAGAAAUGGGUCACGCCCGUCAAGAACAUGCCCGGAGUGUACAACACCCGCACCAGUCUUGGACCGUGGUCGGACCGAAUUGGCGUGCUUGCCUACGGUCUCACGCCCUUGUCGGUGAUGUUGGCAAGUCGGGAAUCCAUCUUGUCUGUGAUCACUGGCGUGCCAUACCAGCAUUUCAAUUUCCUGCACCGCUGGCUCGGAUACAUCAUCUUUGUGCAGGCGGGACUUCAUACAAUAGGAUGGUGCGUCGUUGAACUGAGACUUUAUCAGCCGCAGCCAACAGUCGGUCUCGAGUGGAUUGCACAACAGUACAUCAUCUGGGGAGUUAUCGCAAUGUUCUUCCUGACCGUCAUGCUGGUUCUCAGUACGCCAUGGGCCAUCCGCAGAACAGGCUAUGAAUUCUUCCGUAAGACGCAUUAUGUCUUUGCCAUGAUCUACAUUGGCGCAUGCUGGGGUCAUUGGGCCAAGCUCAACUGCUUCCUCCUACCGUCGCUUCUAAUAUGGUUCCUCGAUCGCGGGGUCCGCCUGGCUCGGACUGGGUUGCUACAUUACAAUUAUCUUCAAGGUGCCCGAUUUGGGUUUCGAAGUACCGCUGCCACUAUUACGCAUUUUCCAGAUGCUGACAAUGGUGAUGUGGUGCGCCUUGACUUCGACCACCCACAAGAACCCUGGAGCGUGGGACAACAUUUCUACCUUUGUUUUCCAGAGAUCAGUAUCUGGCAGUCUCAUCCUUUUACUCCAUGCAGCCUUCCCAAGCCGCAGGCGAAGAGUCAAGCACAUUCAUACAUCCUAAGAGCGAAGCAGGGCGCCACGAAAUCUCUGGCCGAGCUAGCCACCAAGAAGAGUAGCGCUGCCACCGUGACGAAAGAACUCGAGGAGAGGGUGGCGCCUACUGCUUCGGUGAUCUUGGCCGGGCCCUAUGGAGGCUCCAUUGUGGAUCAUUUGUUGCCAGAUACCAAUAUCCUCUGCGUGGCAGGGGGCACGGGGGUGACCUUUGUCCUUCCAGUGUUGCUCCAAGCUAUCAACGAAAAGGCUAUUCAGGAUAGAAAACUUGAACUCAUCUGGGUCAUUCGCAGAGAAACAGAUCUAUCCUGGAUCCAGCAAGAGCUCGACUCGUUACGCGGGGCGAUUUCGACGCAUAACUUGAGAAUCCGGAUCUUCGUCACCCGGCAAAUCUCACCUGAACACGGCGCUGGUGCGAAAGCUCAUGCCAAUACUCAAGUCCAUGUCUUGGAAGGCCAGAGCACGGUAUCCUCUUCCUCUCUCUCGUCGGCAGAUAAAUGCACAGGCUCAGGCGAGGGAUUAUAUACCAUUCAGCACCUCGGAGUGCCGGGGGCGGAUGCCAACUUGAGGCAUCCAGACUUGAGUGCGCUGGUUCGUGAGUUUGUAGGCUCCACGGUACGAGGCGCAACGAGCGUCUUCGCAAGCGGUCCUGGCGGGAUGAUUUCUGAUCUCCGAAGGACGACUGCGAGCUGUAACUCCGGGAAGAAGGUGUGGAAGGGAGACGAAAGAUUCGACAUCAAACUGGUCUGCGACGACCGCCUUGAAUGGUGA